CUCUCUAAGCCCACAGCAAGAAACCCUAGCCCACACUACACGUGCUUGUAAUUUCACGUACAAAACCCCAGCUACUCAGUCCUCACUUCCUUUCUAGAGGAGAGCUGCAAAAAUGUCGAAGCGAGGGCGUGGUGGAUCCGCCGGAAACAAGUUCCGGAUGUCGCUUGGUCUGCCGGUGGCGGCGACCGUGAAUUGCGCCGACAACACCGGCGCCAAGAACCUCUACAUCAUUUCGGUGAAGGGGAUCAAGGGUCGCCUCAACAGGCUGCCCUCCGCCUGCGUCGGCGACAUGGUUAUGGCGACUGUGAAGAAGGGGAAGCCCGAUCUUCGUAAGAAGGUUAUGCCCGCCGUCAUCGUCCGCCAGCGCAAGCCGUGGCGCCGAAAGGACGGUGUCUUCAUGUACUUUGAAGAUAAUGCUGGAGUUAUUGUCAAUCCUAAGGGUGAAAUGAAAGGUUCUGCCAUCACCGGCCCUAUAGGAAAGGAAUGUGCGGAUCUGUGGCCCAGAAUUGCCAGCGCUGCUAAUGCCAUUGUCUAGAGAUUGUGAGCUUCAGUUAAAUCCUUGUUUUUUUUUCUAGUGUUGACUGACAAUAGUUUGGAGGAGAUGAAAAGAGAUUUUUGAAAUGGGUUUAAAUGUUUUCAUAUUUGUAUUAUGGUGAGUUGGUGACUUUAUGUUAAUGAAGUUCCGUUGCUUUGA